UCUUUCAUCCUCUGUGUAAGCAAUGCAAAGGGAGGAAGAGAGGAAGAGUUAGUUCUUUGCUGAGGGGAACUGAUGUAGGGAAAAUGGAGUCUGACCCCUUGCUGCAAAAAUAUUCGACGACGGGUGACUCAUUAUAUGAGACACUAGGGCUGCAGAAGCAAGCUACAACAGAUGAGAUCAAGAAGACGUACCGCAAAUUAGCGCUUAAAUAUCACCCUGACAAGAACCCCAAUAAUCCCGAAGCUGCAGAAAAGUUUAAGGAAAUCAACCAUGCCCACGGUAUUCUCAGCGAUGCUACGAAGAGGAAUAUUUAUGACAACUAUGGUUCACUUGGCCUUUAUAUUGCCGAACAGUUUGGCGAAGAAAAUGUCAAUACAUAUUUCUUAGUGAACUCUGGUUGGUGCAAGGCGCUCUUCCUCUUCUGUGGCCUGAUUACAGGCUGCUAUCUGUGCUGUUGCUUCUGUUGCUGCUUCAACUUCUGCUGCGGCAAAUGCAAACCACGACCUCCAGAUGAGACCGGGGACUACCAUAAUCUCAACCCUGACCAAGCUGAGGGAGUUCAUACCAGUCAGCCUGGGACAUCAAGUAAGAAAGAGGACCUGAGUGACGAUGAGGAAGGAAAGGCCGCAGGAGAACCACCUGUGACCUCACAACCACCCCCUUCCACGAAUCCUUUCAGGACCCCUGGUGCCGGUGAGCCUAGUUCUGGCGGAGCCCAGCAGCCCGUGUUUGCCAUGCCUCCCCCCCAGCCAUCUCCCAACCCCACCAACCCCUUCGCCAUGGGGGCUGGGGCCACGGAGAACACAUCUCUCAACGCAAGCUCUCAACCCACAUAUUACACCCCAGGAAUGUCACAGAAUGCCUCCCCUAGUCAUGGCCAGUACUGAGCAAGGUUCAAGUUGUAAUAGAAUGAAUUUGCAGAACCAGUGGGAUUUGUCCCCUCCGGAGAUCUUGUUCUCCAUGUCCUAGAUCCUCCUGUCUGCUGUGACUGUGGAAAGAUAUCAUGAUGUGCGUUUUGUUUGUCCCAGUGCGAGGCCUAGAAGGACAACUUCAUUUGCAAUACAUUGUGUAAACCUUGAGUAUCCAGUGGCCGAGCUAGUGUUUGACUCGACCGAGAUUUCUUGAUGGAAUGUAGUGGAUUUUAAUUUAUUUUUUCUUGUUUUUGGAGAUAAUACCCUUUUAGUCAUGUUGUCUCUUUCAGGCUGAUUUGUUUAACUGAUUGAAGGAUUAGAUAAUAUCCAUUUUGAUUUACAUUUAUUAUUUUUUGUCCUUUUUCUUUCUUUUUUUUGUAUUCUGUUUUGAAGUAUUUAGAUCAGUAUUUUAUCUUGACUUGUUUCUUAAAACUUUGACUUCUGUAUAUUUAGAGAGAGAGAAAAAAAAAAAAACAACUUGUAAAGUUACCUGUGUUCUAACACCACCACUUUGGUAUUACAUUCCAAUAGUGUUCAUUAGCUUAAAGAAAUAAUGGGAGUACAGUUAUCAAAGGACAAUAUCUUAUCAAGGCAUUUUUAACUCUUUUUAAACUUUCAAAUGGACACAUAUUUGUCCCACCAGUGAGGAGAUGCUUUAUGUAUGUAUCUCAAGCAUCCAUGAAAGAACUUGAUUCAGUUUUUUUCCUCAAUGUCCUUCAGUAUCAAGAGAAAUACUGUAUUGUUAUAGUGCCUCUAUUAAAAGGAUUUUAGUAAAUUAAAACAAUUAUAAUUUGUACUGAUAGCUUGCAGAAUACAUACUUAACAGUGCCAAUGAUUUUUUUGUUUGCCCUAUUACUCUAUAUAUUUUUAUUUGGUAUCCAGAAACAUGCAACACCAGUUGUAUUUACUAGAUUUAUUUAUUUAGUUCUUAACGGUAAGUCAAUCCAUUUACUUAUAUGUGAUAUCCAAAGGUGUAGCUGUGCAUUAUUUGAUUUGUAUAUCAUUUUGAGUUAUAUCAGCUUCCUUUACAAACAUAAAUACUGCUUGUAUUUAUUUAGAUUUUUUUCUGUGUUUUCUCUGUAGCAAAGAAAAAUUGGCUUUCUCUGUGUUUAGAAUCCAUGGUUAGAUGAAAAUGUAAAUAAUGGUGUUUGUUAAAAUAUGAUAUACACAUCUUGGUACUAUAUGCACCUUGAUUCCUAUGUAUUUGAUUAUGUCUGAGGUUGCAAUAAUUUGAAGGGAAGCUUUAAUUAACUAUUGAUAAUACAAAAUAUGACCUCCACAGUGCUGUAUAUUAAUUCAAACAUGUUCCUUCUCGAAUAUCGAAAACUAGUCAGAGUAUGUUGUACUUUUUGUUUCAUAAGAACUUAAAAGCAUUGACUAUCAUCUGUUUCACUCUCUUUUGUGUAUCAUACUUUGUUAGUUAAGUUAAUGGGAAAGAUUUCAGUGGAUAUAAAAAGAGCUAUAUUAUGACAAUGAUUUACUGUAACUGCACCGAAUAGUCAGUUUCCUUGUGCAUCUUUACUGUGUUUGUGAUUUGCAUGUCUGUGUACAACUUCAGAAUUGGUAUAAUGUAAGGGUAUUUUCUGCAUCUCCUUGGUAACUCCGCGGAUCUAGGAAGAACUUGUUAAGUGCCUGGGAUUUUGGUAUGGGAAGGAGUUUCGGCUUUCUUGUGGGUAUUCAGGAACUCCUUUUUAUUCAUACCUACCUGGGUACGAAAAUUCUUUUGAACGAACCGUGGUGUACUACUUAUCAGACUCCUCCUGUAGAUAAUAUCCUUUACUUGUAUUUCUAGAACUGGGAUAUCUUUAAUACUAGAAAAAAUACAGUACAUCAUUGUAGAAAAUGUUUAGAGAAUUCAUUUCAUAAGUACUGUAGCAUCAUUGCCAUUAUGAUCAUUGUUGAUAUAUAUAAUUGUUAUGGUCGGGAAAAUAGAAUUUGGGAAGUAGUGUACGGCAGUUAUAAAGAGAACUUAUUCUGUGCACAGUUGUCCAUAGAAUUAGUGGGAAGAAUAAUAUAUAGAGGAAAAUAUCUUCAUUCGAGUUGCAUGUGAAACAUUCCAGUUGUAUGUGAAGAUGAGCGAGGUGACAUUUGAAAAAAAAGUGAAAAACAGUGAGUACUGUUAUGCUAAUAUUGGCUGAAAGCAUUUGGUUUGCAUUUCAUUUUUCUUUUUCUUUUUACAAUUAGUGUCUGUCAGAACUUUCAUUGUCUUUUAAAUGCCUUUGUAAAACUCUUCAAGUUACUUUUUAAAAACUGUACUUAUACCAGUUGUAUGUUUAAUUCAGCAGAGCAGGCAAUUUGAAAGUUUACAUGAAACGUUUGUAAUAUUACUAUCUCUUGAUUUAUAUUGUGGUAUGGCACUGCCAACCAGUGUAGAAAAGUUUUGAUAAUUUUCAUCAUUUGCAAAAUUUAAUAGUAUAUGCUGGGGAUUGGAAUGUACUUAGUGUUUGCGAGGGACAUGAACAACUAAAGUAUUUGAAGAAUAUAUUGUAUGUCUAAUGUAAAGCAUAAUGAUGAGUGUAGGUCUAAUUAAUCACUAAUAAAAGAAAAAAAAUACUUGCAUUUCUGUAAGCUUUGAACUCCACACAAUGAAAAGUCACAAGUACACACAGUACUCUUAUUAUUUCCAUCUUAACACUGCACGUUUUUUGAGUGCUUUUACUGACUUUGCUCUAAGUUCACACUACAUGUAUAAAGAGUAUCCAAAUUUUGAUUUUGUAAUAUAUAAAAGCUGUUAGAUGUAAAUUAGUUGCAAAAGGAAAUCCCACUCAGUCAUUUAGGUUGUCCUAAGGGUCCUUAAAUUUUGUCAACUGUUGUCCAUCAUCGCUGCCACAGUAUAUGGUUUGAUACCUGAGGAACCCUUUCAAGGAACCUUUACGUGUGGGAAAAAUCAUCAUUGUAUCGGCAGUGCUACAUUUCUCCUCCAUCCAGUAGAAGCACAAGAGAUCAUCAAAAUGACAUGCUUAAUAACUUCAGAUCUUUUCUUUUUUAUAUAUGCAUAUAUUUUCCUCUUGUUUAUCUUUUCUUCAGGUCUUAUUCUCGUUCUUCCAUUUUAACUUGACAAAAAGAAAAAAAAGGACAAUUUCUCCCCCUCUAUACAUGAUGCUGCAGUUUUACAUUGAAAUUCUGUCUGCAGUUAAUGCACCUUAUUCUAUGUGUCAUGAGGAUGAUGGGUAGAAUUAUGCUAAUGGUAUCGUGUAUAUAUUAUAAGUAAAAGUUCUGUAAUUCAUGUGUAUAUAUAUAUAGUGUCCAAAUUUUCCAUUCAAGCUUUCUGCAAUAUAGUAAUCAUCACGGUUGAAUGAAAGUAACGCAUGCUGUUCUAGUUUCUCCUCUGGAAGCACGAUUAUAUAUCAUCAUCUUUAGAAAACUUCUAAUCCAAUCUCAAGAGCAAUUGCUAAUCAAAUAUAAGCAUUGUUCUCUGCCGUCAUCCUCACUUUGUGUCUUACGACUUUACUGGAGAACUAACUAUGAGGUGUCGUCAGUCUGUAGGCCUUGUAUAUAAGAUGAAAGUUACUGUUGAUUAUGAAGAUGAUACCCAAUAUGCAUGUAACGAAACUGUAGAGAGAAUAUAAAAGUCCCACCAUUUCA